AUGCAACGAUCAAUCUCCGCUGUCCCCAGAGCUGUCGGGCCGGGACAGGACACAAAAAAUGUGUGUGCGAGGGGUUUCUGGCAGGAAAUGAUAGUAUCUUUGGCGAUGGAGACGACGACGUUCAAGGCCAUCAGUAACGUACGUCUUCGGGACGACUACGACGGGCCGACGAGAGGGAAGUUUUGAGUCGACGCCAACCCACACACACCCCUAUCAUUACCGCCGACACCUUCCUACUAUCAGUUACAUCGAUUUUGGAAGAAUAAGUUCGAAAAAAGUAAAAAAGGGCAUUUUUGCUGUCACGGCGAUGCAGGACAGACUGAAAAAAAAUAAAGGCGAUUUUAUUGCGCCAACUAUGCUCCAUCGAGAAACAAGAGAAAAAAGUAAAAUUUAGAGCGUUUUUCAACCAUCGAGACUUGAAAAAAGGUCAUUGGCGAUUUUUGUCCUAUCAAGCGCGCUCUAUUGAGAAAAGCUCAUUUUUGUGAGAGCAAUCGGGUUUUCAUGAUUAAAAUGUCAAUGAAAAGGAUGGGAAGGUGAAAAAAACAACUCCAGACAUUUUUUUCAAGAAGGUCCGCAAAAUAAAACCAUCCGCACAGCAAAAAAAAAAAGAAAUAGUGGAAGUUAACCUUUUUUUCAAAAAAAUACUAGGCAUCCUAGAAACUUAGAAUAAUAUUUUUAAACAUUAGUUUAUAGCAAAAAUGGAGAAAAAAAACUGAAAAGUCUCAAAAGCUAGGGAGUACAGGUGGCCUGGAGAGACGGCAGAGAUGCAGAGAACUGUCUUUUUCUCUGCUGGCACUUCAAGCGGCCGUUGA